AGCUUCUCAGACUCCUAUUUAUAUGGCCUCGAAAUCCCAUCCCCUCCCAAGGAGGAAAAAAUAAAAUUCUUUCAUUUGGGCUAUUAAGCAUGAAAGCCAUUUGUAUCAUUUUUUUCUGCUUUCUUACAGCUGCUGCCUUAUAUCUUUCAUCCAUGAGCAGCAGCCAUGAUUCUUCUUCCUCUUCUGUUGAAAGAUGGCUUGCAGGAAAGCGGCAUCGCAAAGAAUUAAGCACAUCAAUGUCAGACAAGCGAGAUGAGGACUGGAAGAUGAAGGUUGUUAACAAAGAAAACAUCCAAGAAGGUUCAACUGAAAGAGACUGCCGGGGAGAUGAUGAUGGAGAUGAGCUGGUUUACCAUGUUGACUAUCACGGUGUGACAACGCAUCCUACUCCAACAUCUCCAAAGCAUCCCUGAAAGGCCAUCCCUGAAGUGGGUUCACUUUGAAUUGAUAGAGUCUAUUGUGUAUUGGCUUCAUGAUAUCAACAUAUAAUUUAGCUAUCCAUACUGUUAUAUUCAGUGGUUUGAACUGAAUUUGAAACGCUCCCAAGUGACAAAAUCUUGGGUUUAUCCCCAUAAAUUGUCACCUGUUGAAAUGCAUCCAAGGACAGAGAAAGAUAUGUCCUCAUUGUUAAACUCUGCUGAGAGCUUGUUAGCUUCUAUAUAUUAUCAAUUUCCUCUCAGGACUGGCAAGAUUUUCAGA